CCCGCGGGUCUCGUGACCGCGCGCCCCGCCCGGAGCUUCGCCGUCAUGCAGUCCCCGGCGGUGCUCGUCACGUCCAGGCGAGUUCAGAAUGUCCACACAGGCCUGGACCUGACCGUGCCCCAGCACCAGGAGGUACGGGGCAAGAUGAUGUCAGGGCACGUGGAGUACCAGAUCCUGGUGGUAACCCGGCUGGCUGCAUUCAAGUCGGCCAAGCACAGGCCUGAGGAUGUCGUCCAGUUCUUGGUCUCCAGAAAGUACAGUGAUAUGGAGGAGUUUUACCAGAAACUCAGCAGUCGUUAUCCAGCGGCCAGCCUUCCCCCCCUCCCCAGGAAGGUGCUAUUUGUUGGGGAGUGUGACAUCCGGGAGAGGAGAGCCAUGUUCGAUGAGAUCCUGCGCUGUGUCUCGAAGGAUGCUGAGUUGGCAGGCAGCCCUGAGCUGCUAGAAUUCUUAGGUACCAGAUCCCCCGGGGCUGCGGAUCUCAGCAGCAGAGAUUUCUCUGUCCUGGACACAGACAGCCAAGAGGGGGACGACGGGGAUGCCUUCGACUUCUUCCAGCAGCAGGACCGAGUGGAGGGUGAGGGUCUCCCCACGCUGGACCAGAAGGGCCAGGAUGCAGGGAAGUCCUCAGAGGAGGAGGAGGAGGAGGAGGCCCUGGACCCCCUGGGCAUCAUGCGCUCCAAGACGCCCAAGAAACGCCCGGAGGAAGUGGCCGUGAAGCCCAAACCCUCACCCUGUCUCUCCAUCUUUGAUGAGGAGGUGGACCCCGACGAGGGGCUCUUUGGCCCGGGCAGGAAGCCCUCUCCCCGGAGCCCCGCAGAGGACGCGCCCCCCAGGGACUCCCUGAAGCUGUUCGAUGAUCCUGACCUCGGCGGAGCCGUCCCCCUGGGUGACCCCUUACUGCUGCCAGCUGCCCACGAGAGUGGAGGACCCACGUCCCGCCCAGGCUGCAGGGAGGCCUCCGAGGAGCUGUUCAGAGUCGAAGAGGACUUGGACCAGAUUCUGAACCUGGGGGCUGAGUCCAAACCCCAGCUUCAGCCGCAGCCCAAGCCCAAGCCUCCAGUGGCAGCUAAGCCAGCGCUACUCAGAAAACCAGCUGUUCCCCCCAGAGCGGGUUCAUCUGAGGCUGUGGCCAGGCAGCAGAAGCAGCAGAUCCAAGCCAUGGACGAGACGGACAUCUUACAGUACAUCCGGGACCACGACGCGUCUGGCCAGGCUGCCCCCAGCCUCUUCUGACCGCCCCCGAGCCCUGUGCUGUUCCUGAGCCGGCAGACUCCUGUGGAGGGGCACGUAGUGAGGUGCAGACUUGACCCUGUAGGGCCAGAAGCUCUAUUCCCAAGGGAGGGAGGGUGGAAGCCGGGUCACAGGACCCCUGUACUGCCUGUUUCCUUUUUCUCAGGCCUGUGGGUUCGUGGAAUCCUGCAAGAGGCAGAAGGCAAGGUCACUCUAGGAAUUGGAGCCUCAAUUGUCUCCCAUGUGGAUGUGGAGGCGAGAGCCUGUGGGGAGGCCUUGCUAACCAGGAGCCCAGCCCCCAGGGUGUCAUGAGACUGGGA